AAUGAUGGCCAUAUGCACCGCAUCAAAUGGGAAACCAGCUGCAGAAAUUACUUGGUAUCCAAAUAAUUUAGGAAACUUCUCAAUCAAUAUAACCCAUCACAGUAACAGAACUGUAACUGUACAAAGCAAGUAUCACAUUAGUAUCCGCCACUUCAGUGAGGAGAUAAUCUGCGCCGUAAACCACCCAGCAUUUGAUGGGAUAAAAAACUAUACCAUUCAUCAAAACGGUCCAGCUUCAUAUGAUUCACAAUUAUCUCCAAAGAUUAUGUUCCUUUUAUAUCUCAUUGCUGGUGUCCUGGCUGCUGGCCUGUGUCUCCUUGCUGUAGUAGCUUUUACAGUCAGAUGCUUCAAUCUCCAAAUAGAAACUGCAUUCAGAAAUUGCUGCGUCUCCAGGUCCAGUCAGGAAAUGUCUCAGUCAAAUGGACCUUUUAUACAGAUGGAGAAUUUCAUUUAUGAUUCAUUUCAACCACAAAAACCAAGGAAUUAAUACUUAACACAGCAUGAAAAUCCCCUAACACUACAAUGUACAAACAAACCUUUA